GCCAACGGCACAGGCAAGAACGUCGAGUUCUGAUCACAAAUAAAUUUCAAUUAAAUCCAGUUGAAGUGCUAAAAGUGCAAUGAAAUUGUUUUGCCAAAUAUUUUUAACAAUUGCGUUAAUCGCUGUGGUUUCGUCGGCGGCUUUGGAGAAAGGUGAGCGUGAGGAGGAACUUCAUUUCGGGUUUCACACCGAAAAUGGUCAUCAGCGAAAUGAGGCCAUCACGUACACAGUUAAACCUGAAACGGAUCAGGAUCCCAAGGAGGUGACUACCCAAAAGCCUGUGGAAUUUAAAGGCGGAUACAGCUUCAUCUCAGCCGAUGGUUACGAGUACCAGGUCCUCUAUAAGGCCAAUAAAAAUGGUUUUCAGCCUUAUGUGACAGCCCACAAAAUUAAACCGGAUAAGAGUUAAGCCCAUUUCUUUAUUGGCAUUGUGAUAUAAAAUUAAAAUU